ACAGGCACACUGACCCUUGCGGGAAGUCUGGUCCUCGGGGACGGGGAGGGGGAGGACAGUGGUGUCACAUCGAGCAACGAGAUUGAAUGUUCGCACGUUUGAUGGCAUGACAAUGAGGCCGGCAGGCAAGGACUGAAGAAGGAAGGACACCGGACCUCAGGAAGUUUUGGGCACGGCCCGGCGUUGUGGUGGAGAUGGCAGCGGCUGCUAUGGAGGUCGACGGGGCCGAUCGCCCUGCUGCGAAAUUCUCGUUCAAUGUUUUGCAGCUGAUCAAGACCGCACAGACACAGCAUGGUCUGCGGCUCGGGGACUACAAACGGUAUAGACGUUAUUGCACUGCUCGUUUAAUGCGGCUCUACAAGUCGCUGAACUUCAAGCACGGUCGAGGAAAAUACGUCAAGAAAGAGAUUUCUGAGGCAACAGUUACAGAUGUCAGAUAUCUCCAUGUGGUGCUGUACUCAUCAGAAAGAGCAUGGAGUUAUGCUAUGGAAAUCAAGUCAACGACUGCCGGAGCUAAUGCUCGUCAGCAGGCUCACCUUAUUCGAAGACUAACCAAAGCAGCAAAAUGGGGAGAUCUGCUCAAUCGGCUGUGCUCGGAAAAGGCUGAUUCCAGGACCGGUCUGGAAGCAUUGGCCUAUGCUGAGCACAUGCGAGGCAAUUUAUUGUUAGAACGAGGGACUGACUGGGAGACAGCUCUUAAGAAGUUCAAGAGCGCCAGGAAAGUCUACGACGAGCUGGGAAAAUUUGGAGACGUUGAAAAUCAGGUCAUGUGCCGUCAACGGGUGGAAGAGUUGGACUCUAUCAUAAAGUUCUGCAUGUAUGAAAUGGGCCGUUCUGAUCUGAAGGGCUCUGAUUUAUUGGGUCUGACGACCCAGGAAGGGCCGGCUUUUGACUUGCUGCAGUCAAAGCUAGAGGCUGUCAUGGCGGAAGCACGGACACAACAAGCGGUUUCAAUGACAGAACUAGAGUGGCUUGGUCGCAAGUUCCCUGUCAAGAAUCCCAAGACUCGUGUCUGCAUACUGAAAGGACAAGAGCUGCAAAAGGAGUUGGUAGCUACUGCUUCAAAUCUCACUGAGAAAAAACUUUCUGUUUUUGAUAAAAUUUUCAUCGCCUACCAGGAUGCAAAGCGACAUAUUCGGGAUGACCUGGCUGUUGCAGGAACUGCGGAAGACGUGCGAGAGGAACUCAACGGACUAGACAGAGCAGUAAGCAGUAUUUUACUCCAGCAGACAAUAGAGCGUAACUUAGUUUUGGUGACCAUCGCAAAAGCUCGUUGGGUUCGUGCUCAAAAAGGACUUCGAGAAGAAAAGGGCGAAAAGCCUGCGAAACCAGAGGAUCUUGUUCGGCUUUUUGACACACUUAUACAGAAUAUUACAGAUCUUGCGGAGCUAGUAACCUCAGGACGAGAAACUAGCGCCAAGAUUAUAUCUUUCGCCAAAGAUUUAGAUGCCCGACGGCUUGGCUUUCAAGCAGGACGAUGUUAUUAUCUUUCACAGGCAUAUAAUGUCGCUGCGAAGUUUCCCGAAGCCUACGCUCUAACCAAGCGCGCUCAGGAGCAUGCUGAGCUGGCAAUGAAUAUUUUCCGUCAAUCUGUCGUCUUAGAUGAGGUUGUCUUACAGGAGUUGAAGACUCUAGCUGAGGACUGCAGGGCUCAAAAAUGUUUGAUUCAUGCACGUGGAGUUAUGGAAGAGCAGAAGUCACAUGACUAUGUGCAGAAGGGUAUUGGGUCUCUUAAUUUGUCGAAAGACGCUGUCAAAAAGGAAGAAGCAGGGUACUUACUGGAUAAACUGGAUAUGUUUGAGUCAGUACUGGGACCUGCCGGUUCAAAAGAGCAACCUCGAAUUUUUCAAGUGUUGCCAUCAUUUCAAGCUGUUCCAUGUAGACCAAUCGUUUUAGACACGGCCCUCAUUGCUAUUGAGUUCCCAUCUCUAGAAGGAAGACUGAAGAAAGAGGAAAAGGCUACAGGAUUUUUGAAGAAGUGGAGUUUAUUUGGAAGAUGAUGCGGUCAUUUGAGGUUUGUACCUGAUGCAAAGAGCUGACAGCUUCUAUUUAUUGCCAGUUCGCGUAUGGCACGAAUGAAGUUUAUGCACUUUUCUCGAAGAUGUGACACCGAGGCAUUAUAAGGCAUCCUUAUAUCUGAAAACUCAGGAUGUUGAAGGAUAGACGGCUGAUACCUACAUUUCUAUUUUGCGUCAUUCUUCUCGUGCAGGACGGAUGCUUGUACUACUUGCUCAUUCAAUUCACGUGGAUGAAAUACCUCUACAGUAAUUCCGGAGAUAGACUUAGCACAUUCUUGUUACAACCUAGUACAGUAAUAGAGUUAAGUGUGCGCGGCUUCCAUUCCCAUACCCAUUUUUGUUUCAGGAAACUUGAGUUCAGAUGUUCAGGUGCGAAGUUGCACUCCUGAAGAUGCCCUGAAGAUUAGGAGAUUCUGUAACAGUUACAAAUGAGACUAGCCCCUUACGCUGCAGGGUUUUCUGCAACUCAUCAUAGAUAUGCAAGGGCUUCUCAACCAUGGAUGUAGUGUAAGGAACUGGUGAAAGCAGCGCUCAGUGUGCUGCAAAUUGAUGCUUGUGAAGGUCUAGUCUUGAAGUUGUGUGCUGGCAUUUUCCUUCAGAGCCCUGCACGAUUUGUAGCUCUUAAGAGAGCAGAAACUUUAGGGAGUCGAAAAUGUACGUUUAAAGUCGACUCGCUGUCCUGCCUGUUUCCCCAGAUAGGUCUCCACAUGAACUUAGUCCUGUGCUAUGUGAUAGGGCUCCUGCUCUGCGCUUGUGUGGAACUAGUGAAACCUCAUCUGUAAUUCUGUAUGGAAUGCUUGCAUACGGACAUUUGGAGUUGGCACACGGUGACACGGAUGCUUUUGCCGAAGUCAGCUGACCUGCUGCGUCUGUGUUUACCUUGCUACCGAAACUAUGUGGGUAAUUAUUGUCUUGUCAGCUCUCUUCGAGACUGCAAGAUUCACUUGAAUGUAGGCCUGAUCUCUUCCUUCUACCUUUUGGAGCAGAGUUAUCUGUGCAACUACGUGAGAUAUUUUUCAUUCUCAGUGCGGAAUGGUCCUGAUAUAAAGAGUAGAGCCAAGAAUCAGGCUACAUCUGUCCAGUCCAGGCUCAUGGUACGGAUUAGAUUCUUGAACCAAGGAAAGAGUUAUCGACAUUUGUGAAUGAAAUAAUGUAUUGAAAGCAUUCGAACCACAAGAGGAGUGGUUCGAGUGAAUUCAGAAUUCUCCCU